UCAGAAAUAGCCACUACUUUGAAACUAGAACAUUCUCCUAGCCACAGUGUGUUGAAGCAUGUGGUGGAGUUAUUUAACUGCCCUACAAAAUGUAUUCAACAAGGACUAAGUAGGGGACUUGGGAAGAAAUAUAGUUUCUGAUCUUUAGUGAAGUGUAAAAAUCUGUUUCUGUAGUUUUUACUACUUUUAAAAAAAAACUUUUCUUAUGCUGGAAGCUGAUAUAAAUUGUAUAAUUUUUUUCUUAAAUGGCUGUGAUUCUGGGACAGUUCAUGGAGUUUCACCCGGUCCAUGGUACCAAUGUGAGAUUGGACAACUCUGGAACUAAGGCCACCCGGGUUGCAAGUUUUGCAAAUGGAAUUUGCUUUAGCAAACACCCUCUGAACCCUGGAGAGAUCUUCCUGGUGGAGAUCGAGGACAAGGAGCUCGGCUGGUGUGGCCACCUCAGGAUCGGCCUGACAGCACGUGACCCUGGAACGCUGGUCACAGUGCCUGAGUACUCUCUGCCUGACCUGGUAGACCUGGGAGACAGCUGGGUGUUUGCAAUCACUCGGAACCACAAUAAAGUUAUCGAGCAGGAGGCUCACGAGCACGCAGGUCAGGCGGCAGAGAUGAGGGCAGCAGACGGUGGAACCGAGAGGGAAAGCAUGUCUAGAACGUUUUUUACUGACACCCACCUGUAUAUAGAUAAUGUGUGCAUACCCAAGGACAAGCUGGUGGGACGGAGUCGGCCUGGACGGUUCAGUCACAUCCUGGACGAUCUGUACAAGACCAACAUUUUGCCUCCCACUGCCAGGCGUAGUCGCAUAGGGGUAGUAUAUGUGCCCAAAGGGCAAAGCAUUGCUGAUAUGCAUAUUGUCAUCAAUGGUGAGGACAUGGGUGCCUGUGUCAAAGGAAUUCCUACCGACAGGCCUGUUUAUGCUGUCGUGGAUGUAUUUGCUGCCACUAAAUGUGUCAGAAUUGUCCAGGUGGACUAUGGCUUUGCCUCGCUGCAAACACUCUGCCGAAAGACUAUUCAGAAGCAUAUUGUUCACAGAAUGGCUUUGGACUGGUUGGAGCUCCCAGAGUUGCUAAAACAUUUCUGCAAAUUUGACUAACCAAGUGACAAGAGAAAGCCAUUGUAAAUGCUCUGGUUGAAGAAAAUGUUAGAGGUGGAUUGCAGCUGCUGCAUAUAGUAACAAAUAUAUAAUGGGCACUGUAUUUCUUCUAUAGUCAUCGUCAGUGGCUCUGAGGUGUAAAGUUUUUUUUUCCUUAUUGCAUUAUUUCUUGACAAAGCUUCUAAAACAAAUGUCUUACAAUAUAUGUAAGUUAAUUGAAAAGAUACUAAUGAAUAUUUCACCUACAACAAAGAAUAUAUUUUGUCAUUUAAUAAAACAAAUACCUAAACUAG